ACAGGCGGUUCCAGCCGGUGUCGUGCAGUGCACCUGCCUGCCUUUGUGGGGAACGCGCUGCGCGGUCUCGGGCAGGACUCCUGUGGCUGGUAUUGGCCGUUGUUCUCAGACAGGUGUGUGGAUGAUGUGUAUACUAUGGCUAGUGACCCUUUGGAAGGAUUUCAUGAAGUGAAUCUCGCAUCACCCACAACUCCAGACGUCGGUGGUGUUAAUGUAAAGCCUCAGGAACCAACUACCUCACCUAAUGUUAUCUAUAGACAUUUAAAUGUCCCUUCAAACCCUUCACAGCCAAACACAUUGAACGCUUCUGACCUACCCACACAGCCUGUGUAUUCUUCACCAAGGCACUUAAAUUGUCGGGAUGCUACAGGGAGAAGCACCAACUUAUCGGAUACUUCGUCAUGUUCUACCUCUGGAUGUCAGGCAUGUUCACCCAAACACAGUCGGAGGAAGGACAGCAACCGUGCAGAGAGAGAGUUUUUGCAGGGAGCAACACUGACGGAUGUAGUGGACGGGUCAGAUGAUGUGCUUAACUGGAGUACAGACAGCCUAUCCCACCUGCGGAGUCCAUCUGUUCUAGAAGUCAGAGAAAAAGGAUAUGAACGCCUAAAGGAGGAGCUUGCUAAAGCCCAGAGAGAGCUGAAACUAAAAGAUGAAGAAUGUGAAAGACUUUCUAAAGUGCGGGACCAACUUGGCCAGGAGCUUGAAGAGCUUACAGCUAGUCUGUUUGAAGAAGCACAUAAAAUGGUACGAGAAGCAAAUGUUAAACAAGCCACAGCAGAGAAACAGCUUAAGGAAGCACAUGGGAAGAUUGAUGCACUACAGGCAGAAGUUGCAGCUUUGAAGGCUCUUCUCUCCACAUCCCCAACUUCCCCCACAAAAGAACUACAGCCUGGAGGGAAGGCUCCGUUCAAAAAAGGCCAUGCCCGAAACAAAAGUACUAGCAGUGCUAUGGGUGGCAGCACUAUGGACCUCACUGUAAUGCAGCCAAUAGGGAAAAAAUCUAAAGAGCUUGAUUUAACGCUUUACAAUGAAUUCAAAGUAUGGAAAGAAGAGCCUUUGAUGGACAGAACAUGCACGUUUUUAAAAAGAAUUUAUCAAGAGGAUAUAUCUCCCUGUUUAACAUUUCCAAAAAAUGAGCUGGCUGCAUCUGUCCUAGAAGCUGUUGAAAACAACACCUUGAGCAUUGAACCUGCAGGGCUGCAGCCUGUAAGAUUUGUGAAAGCCUCAGCUGUUGAAUGUGGAGGACCAAAGAAAUGUGCUUUGAGUGGUCAAACAAAGACUUGUAAGCACAGGAUUAAGCUCGGAGACUCCAGUAGUUAUUACUAUAUUUCUCCAUGUUGUAGAUAUAGGAUUACCUCUGUAUGUAAUUUCUUCACGUAUAUUCGGUACAUUCAUCAAGGACUGGUAAAGCAGCAGGACGUUGAUCAGAUGUUCUGGGAGAUCAUGCAACUGAGAAAAGAGAUGUCUCGAGCGAAACUUGGAUUUUUCAAAGAAGAAAUUUAA